UUUAAGACUUUCAACAUGGUUCUUCUCACUGUGAUUUCCAUUUUUCAGUUAGUGAUUCUGCAUUCCUGCCAGCAAGAAUUAUGCUUCUGUUAUUUUUCAGUGUAUUGAAACACGUUCUGGGUUAAAGGAAAGAGUUUUCUAUGAGCUGCUAGUCACUUACCCCUGUUUCAAAGGAAAGUCGUGGUUACCAUGAAGGAAAAUUUAAUCCAUCUGCCGCAAUGCAUUUGUUCUCCUGAGAGCCAGGUGGAACUACCUCUGUUUCCCUAGGAUUAUGCCACCCACCAAGGUAACUUUCUGUUUCAGUAGGUGAUGUUGAGAAACAAAACAACACCCUUUAAGUUAAUCAGUUUUGGAAAAUAGAGACUGGCUUUAUAUUCCAUGGCUUUGAUGUGUUUAGUAGUUCCUGUAAGGAUCUGCCUCUCGUUUGUUUUGAUUGACAAGACCUUUCCUAUAUAUUUGAGCAAUUACGCAGCCCAGUAACAGAAGGUAGAGACAUUUACCCAGAGCAAACCUCUACCAUUCAUUGUGACUUCCUGAAAUCUUAACGCAAGUUUCACCUCUAAAAGAAGAGUUGGCUCCUGCAAGAUUAGGUAAGUGCUUCUCUGUAUCUGUAACCUCAUUCCAGAGGAGGGGAAACCCAGAGAACUUGUAAGGUCAGAAGUAGGAACUGUGAGAAUAAUGAGUUCAGUGGGGGGUCAGGGUCCAUGAAUGCCAUAUCCUUUAUACUUCAGAAUCCAGGUGAGUUCUGUCUACUGGGUUAAGCAUGAAGGGGGGUGAUUUUGGCUUCUGAAAGAGCACAGGGAAUGACCAAGACCCAGAGGUUAAACUUGACAGUGGGUUGAGGUUAUGUGUUAAAUAACUCCUAUGCUUUCCAUCAUUUGGAUUUAAACUGAAUUAUAAGUAGGUAAUACAAAUAGAAGUCUAGAGCAGAAGCAAUUUAUAGUGAGUAGGAUACAUUUAUGAAUGGCCACCACCUUAGGUGAUAGGUUUCAUGAUAUCUUCUGCAUAUCUGUGUUUAGUGGUGAGUUGGUUUAGUAACAAUGCAAAGGGAGUACUAUUAUUAAUACUUAUCAACCUCUCCCCCAAAUCAUUCCCCAUCAUGAUGCUGAAAAUAUGGUUUUGAGCAAAGUAUGUAACACGGCACCCAAAUACCCUGGACCUGAAUACAAAUAAUUUAUAUGUAUUCAUGUAUUCUAUUGGGUUAUGGAUUACUUUUGGUUUUACUCCUAUUUUAUGUUUAUUUUGGAAAGACUGUUGGGGCAGACUUCUUUAACACACAAGUCAACUGCAGCAGUUAAGUUACAAUAAGGAAAACCCUGAGAAUGCUCUCAGAGGGUGGGCAUCUAGAGAGGGCUGUGGAAGCCACACUGGCAUUAGUUACAGGCAUCUCUGGAUAACUGUGCUGCAGUUUGUGGGCAUUUACAAUUUCUGGGCUCAUCUUCCCUGAAAUGCUAGGAGCAAGGUCCCUUUGAUAGUGACCAAUGCAUGGUUGGCUGCCCCACUGAAGGCCACUGGGUCUGUUAAACUCUCUCCUUUCCCUCUUCGGAAGAGCGGCAUGAAGCUGGCAAUCCUCUUCCUUGGCCCCAUGGCCCUCCUCCUUCUGGCUGGCUGUGGCUGUGUCCUCGGCACCUCCAGUGGGAACCUGCGCACCUUUGUGGGCUGUGCCGUGAGGGAGUUCACUUUCCUGGCCAAGAAGCCAGGCUGCAAGGGCCUCCGGAUCACCACGGAUGCCUGCUGGGGUCGCUGUGAGACCUGGGAGAAACCCAUUCUGGAACCCCCCUACAUUGAAGCCCAUCAUCGAGUCUGUACCUACAACGAGACCAAACAGGUGACCGUCAAGCUGCCCAACUGUGCCCCGGGAGUUGAUCCCUUCUACACCUAUCCCGUGCCAUCCGCUGUGACUGCGGAGCCUGCUCCUGCCACCACGGAGUGUGAGACCAUCUGAGGCCGGCACGGUCUGCGGAGCCCAGCCAGUGGCCUGAGUCUCACAGACCCACCUGUGUGAGCAGCACAAGCAGUUAUACUUCCUGGAUGCAAGGCUGUUUAAUUUCGACCAUACCCAUGGAGGAGGUUACCUGUCACCCCUUAGGUCCAGCUCAGGCAAAAGGCACAGAUGCAGCCUACUUAUGUUAAAAGUGCAAAACAAUAUUUGUGUCUUCACCAAAAUAAUUUCUCCAGUUCAUAUACCGGCAAAUUAAUUUUUCUUUGCCUUGAUUCUUGGAACAUAAUUUGUGUAUCACAAUCCUUGCCCAAUUUGGACUCAUAAUAUGCUCAUGAUUUAAACAUACUGGGUGUAAUUAGGAAAUGGGGCUGGAAAGUGAAAGUCUUUAAAUUCUCAUGUUCUGUUUAACCACUGACUCCAACCGGAUUUAGGAUUAAAGGGCUAUAAAUGAAUGAAACCCAUGCACUGGUCUUCCUUACCUCAGAGGAGUUCCAACUGCAAGCUUCUUUAGGGAAAAUGCUCCCUUACCCCUUUUAACUGAGCAAUUAUCUACACAAGAAAUAGAAAGUGCUCAGAUAAAAAAAAAAAAGAGAGUAGCUUCAAUGAAAAGAUGUUUGGAUUUGGAUAACUCUUUUCCCUAGCAAAAUUCCCUAAACUCCCUUAAGAUCCUUAAUAAAGAGGCUAUGUUGUGAUUAAAAAACAAACAAACUCAGAAAUAAAAUAUGUAGCUGGUAGCUAUCAUUUAGCCUUAAAAACUUAUGAAAGUAAACUCAUGUUUUAGGGUGUGAUGUUCUCCCACAGCUAUGGCAAAAUGGUCACGUACAAGUAUUCUUCCUCAUUUAUCAUAUUUUAAAUUUAAAUUGUGACUUAUUAAGCUCAGAAAUUUUACAUGUGUUUAGGGAUAAAACUGCGUUGCUGGCUCAGAGGAAAAUGUCUGUGAUUUUCUAGCUCCUGCCCUCUCUAAUUAGCUAAUUCCGUGAUUAAAAAAAAAACAAACAAAAAAAACAACCCAAAACUCUAAUGUUAUGCAAAUGUCUUUAAUUCUGGCAUUUUUGGGGUUGAAUUUAACCUGGUUCCUUUUUCAUAAUGUCCCAAGAAAACCUAUAUUGAUGCGUGUCCUCUGUCUUUUGAAUUCAUGAAAACUUUCAAGAAAGUCUUAUUAAUUUUUAGUACACUUGGAAUAACAGUAAGAAGCACACCUCAA